AUGGAGGUUGCAAACCCCUCUUCAGAUCAGUUUUUCAACGACCUAUCUCAGGGUCUACCCGCCACCGAUACGUACCAGUCGCAAACAUCAGAGAACACCGGCGCAGCCCAGGGUGAAGGAGAUGGGAACUCAGUCCCUCGUCCUAAGCGCAUCGCAUGUGUUGUUUGCAGGAAGAGAAAACUUAGAUGCGAUGGCAAGAAGCCUAGUUGUGGCACUUGCUCGAGAUUAGGUCAUGACUGCGCGUAUGAUGAGGUGCGCAAGAAGAGCGGCCCAAAGCGUGGAUAUGUGAAGCAGCUAGAAGCUCGUUUAGCCCAGGUUGAGACGUUAUUGAAGAGCCAGGAUCCAGAGCCACCACGGGCUUCUGCGCCGAAUCCCCAGCAGAGCAGCACCUUCAAUGACACAUCGAUACCAAGUGACCCGAUGCCAGGGAUGCCUGAUAUGUCUAUGUUUUCGGAUAACAUCCCAAAUUCGAUGCCGUCGCUUGCUGGGACGUUCGGACAGACCCAGUCUGGCCCAACAGGUCUGGCGGGAGAAAACAUGGGCUUCAAUGGAGAUUUCUCCUGGGAAAUGAUCAGUCUUGGCCUGGAGGAGCCGUUGCCUGCGCAAGACGUGAUUGAUGAGCUGCAUCAAAUCUACUUUGACAAGGUCCAUCCCUCUUCACCAAUUAUACACCGACCGCGAUAUUUAGCUGCUAUGAAUCUAGCACCUCAUACGCGGCCUCCAGUGUGCUUACGUUAUAUCAUGUGGUGUCACGCCGCAUCAGUAUCGAGCAAAUAUUCUUUCUUGCAGGAGCAUUUUUAUCAGCGGGCGCGGAAGUACGCUGAAGCAGAUGAAAUGAAGGGCCAAGGAGAAGCGAUAACGACUGUUGCUUAUUCACAGGCAUGGUCCCUGAUUGCCGCAUAUGAAUUCAAGAUGCUAUUCUUUCCUCGAGCGUGGGCAAGCGCUGGUAAGGCUUCCAGGUUGUCAUUGAUGACUGGCUUGCAUCGCUUGGAUGGAACUGGUCUCGACACGAAACAGUGCAUAGGACCGCCUCGGGACUGGACAGAAAGAGAGGAAAGAAGGAGGGCGUUCUGGUUAGCAUUCUGCCAAGACCGAUAUGCGAGUAUCGGUACUGGAUGGCCCAUGAUGCUGGACGAAAGAGAUAUUUUGACGAAUCUUCCUGCUUCGGAGGACGCAUAUAUCCACGGACGCCCAGAAAAGACACCCUCCCUUUCCGAGGUCGUCGCCGGCGAAGGUCUUGCGAACAUGUCGCCAUUUGCUGGUGUUAUAGUGACGGCCUCUUUCUUUGGCCGUCACCUCAUGCAUUUGCAUCGUCCAGAGCCCAACGACAAUGAUCAUGAUCUUAAUGGGGAAUUUUGGAAGCGGCACAGAGCAUACGAUAACAUCAUCCUAAAUACUGCCUUGUCACUACCAGCCCAUCUUCGGUUACCUGCUGGCAUCAACGAUCCGAACAUCGUCUUCUGCAACAUGUGUAUCCAUACAUCAACGGUCUGCCUCCAUCAGGCUGCCAUUUUCAAGGCAGACAAGAAUCAGAUGCCGAGCCAGAUUGCAGCAGAAAGUAAACGAAGAUGUAUCAUCGCUGCCGACCAGGUAGCAAGCAUAAUGAAGAUGAUAAGCCAUACUGAUUUAUCUACGAUGAAUACCUUUAUCUGCUUCCCCCUCUAUGUUGCCUCCCGUGUCUUUGUGCAAUAUCUUAAAUCGCGCCCCAACGAUCAGACAGUUCGAUCGACCCUGCACUUCCUGCUUUCAGCGCUCAAUGCUAUUAAGCAUAUGAAUCCUUUGACGGAAUCGUUCUUGAUUCAACUCAAAGUCGACCUCGGUGGGACGAUCAUGGAGACACCUGAUAUAGCAGUUAAGACGAGCUGUGGUAUGAAGGGGAAGUCAAACGCGUCAGGCAGUGCCGGAGGAUGCUCGCCACUCGUGCCAUUUGAGAACUCUCAGCAGUCCCAAAAGUCCGGGUCGACCGUCGAGAGCCCAUUGUCAGGAGAGACACUCCUAGAUAAUCCAGGAUCAUAUGGUCAAUCCGGAAUUAACCCCUCGGCUAUCCCUAAUCGUCAAAAGCAACUUGGAAUACAGCAGUUCAAUACGAGUCUUGGCUUAAGUGGCAUGGAACUUCCAGUCCGUCGGCAGGCUUCUGGGAAUUCCAGUCCCAGUAUGGAAACAAUCGGUUACAGGAUAAACGGGGAUAUGGAUGUCUCAUCUGAUAUGAGCGUCAGUGACCGUAAUCAGCCUUCUUCGGAUCACCCCACUCCAUCGACACAAAACUCGUCUUCGAAUACCUCUUACGGGGUUUCGGGAGCUGAUUAUCCUUCGCCGCAAAAGCAUCAGCGUUCGUCCACGACCGCUUCCAAUAUACAUCCGAAUUCGUCUGUUGACCCGUCUGUGAGAAACAUGGCGAUGCCUUCGGACAAUCAAUCCUACCUCGCAGAGGUAUCGUCGUCCGUUAAUUACUUUGCUCCUGACGGCGGUAACGCCGGCGGUCUCACUGGAUCAGAGAAUCCUUUCGCCAUGCCCGCAGCUUGGGACUACCCCCUUAACCAAGGCUCUCCUGAAAACAUAGAGGUUGUUGGGGGAAUGUCAGGCAUGACUCCUACAGAAAGCCAAUGGACGCAAAUGCUUGAAGGCGCGAGUUGGGAGAACUGGCGGACAUGA